AUGAAUUUCUCUUUCUCUCGAUUCGUCUUCUCAUUUUUCUCCGGCGAACACAGUGCCAUCGAAACACCACCGCCUUCUUCCGCUACGACGCCAGCGGUUCUCAAUCUUUCAUCUCCCGGUUUGCAACGCCUCACUCUCAUUUCAAAAUCGCAGAACGGAGACAGUCCAGCGCCGCUUCGAGACUCAGAUACUGUUGAUAUUGUUGCUUCUGAUACCAUUGCUCUGAUGUUGGCUGCACAGCCACUUGGUCUAAAGCUUGGGUUUGAGAUUCCUUGGUUACCAGAAUCAGUUCUAAAUUGUUGUUGUUGUAACCCUGCAUCUAAGCAUGCUACCCAUUUGUUACACUUGAUUGAGGCCCUCCAAACUGCUGUCGUUGCUGAGCAGGUAAGAUUGACUGUUGAGACAUUGGUGUUUGACGCAGGUUCAGAGAUGUCCAUAUUUAGAUGCCUUUUGAAAUCUGAUGCUAUGAAGAGUUUGAAGAACGACAGAGGGCUUAAAGAGUUCACUUGGAUAAGAGGCAUAGUAUCAGGUUAA